CGUUUGUAAAUGGUCUCUGGUUUUGUUAGAACUUGUUCAACGAGCAUCGCAAGAUCAUCUCCAUCAACUGGUUUCUCAUUUGAUUGCUUCAUCAUUUCUGUUCGCUUCCUUUGUCACCCCUCUUCAUCCUCUAAUCUAAUCUAGUUUUUACUUUUCAAUCAAUCCCCAUCUUCACAUUUCACUUUCUUUUCUAUUUUUUAACCCCAAAACUGACACUUCUCUCAACCCACAAACACAGAUUAAUCAAAUCCAAUUUCUUAAUCUACCCAUCUCCAAAUCCCCCCUGGUAAGCUAAUUCAUUAGAGUCGUUGAGUUUGAUUCUUUAUUUUUUUGUUAUUUUUUACUGUUUUUUGUAAUUUAAACAUGAAUUCAAGAGCUGAGGUUUUACCAGACGAAGUUAUUCUUCAAAUUCUUGCAAGAUUGCCUGUUAAAUCACUCUUUAGAGCAAAAACCGUGUGCAAACUUUGGUACAUAUUAAUAUCAGAUAAUUAUUUUAUUAAUCUUUACAACCAACUGGCUUGUAAAAACCCAAUGGUAUUGGUCGAGAUUUCAGAUUCAUCUGAGUCAAAAUGUAGCUUAUUAUGUAUAGAUAAUUUAAUGGGCGUGUCCGAAUUCUCCUUAGAUUUCUUACAAGGUAGAGUUAGAGUUAGAGCCUCAUGUAAUGGCCUUUUGUGUUGCUCUAGUAUUGCUGACAAGGAUGUUUAUUAUGUCUGUAAUCCGAUGACUAGACAAUUUAGGAUGCUUCCGAGAAGUCGGGAGCGGCCCAUGAGUAGAUUUUAUCCGGAUGCCGAGGCGACUUUAGUUGGUUUAGGUUGUAAUUCGUCGAUUCGGAAGUUUAAUGUUGUGUUGGCCGGUUAUCAUCGGACGUUUGGGCAUAGGUCGGACGGGACGUUUAUGUGUUUGGUGUUUGAUUCAGAUACGGGUAAGUGGCGAAAAUUUGUUUCUUUUCAAGAUGAGGAUUUUACGCAUAUGAAUCGGAAUCAGGUCGUGUUUGUUAAUGGCGCGCUUCAUUGGUUGACUUCUAGUUGUUCGUAUAUACUCGCGCUUGAUUUGGAUUGCGAUGUCUGGAGGAAGAUUUUGUUGCCGGAUGAAGUGAGUUGUGGCGCAGGGUGUAGGGUUUUUUUGUUGGAAUCUGACGGGUGUUUGUCCGUGAUACAGAUUUCGGAGACGUGGAUGAAAAUAUGGGCAAUGAAGGAGUAUGAGAGUGAGAAAUGGGAUGUGGUGGAUAAUGUGAGCUUGAGAUGUAUUAGGGGAAUGAUGCCUGGUAUCUUUCCGAUAAGUCAGAGUGGUGAAUGUGUUUUUCUGGCAACUCAUAAGCAGGUUUUGGUGUAUCAUCGGCGGAGUAGGUUAUGGAAGGAGAUGUAUUCUGUGAAGGAUAGCUCUGCUUUGCCUUUGUGGUUUUCUGCCCAUGCGUUUCGGAGCACGAUCCUGCCUUGUAAUUAAGUUAUGGCUUACAUUUGACCAGGUUUCUGAUAUUCUGUACAGGAAUUUAUUAUUGUUACUUGUUCACGCUGCUGUGUAUAUGGGCUAUAUUAUUGUAUGUUAAUACGAUUCUUAUAAUUUUCAUGUUCAAUUGCAAUGCUGUUAUAUGGCUUUGGCUUGAA